AUGACUGUACGAUCUUUCAGCUCCUUCACCUUACUCGAGGCCGAAGAUCUCCUCUACGAUGAAGAUGCCUUAUUCUCUGUCUCGACGCCUACCCUGUCUGCCUUGGACAGCGCACUCUCCUUUAAUGAUGUCGUUCCUUUUCCCUCUGACCGCAAACCCCUCAUAUUCACGAAUCUCACUACUGCUCCAAUAUUCGCGUCGGAACCGGCUCCCUUCGGGAGUUCAUUAGAAUACUCUGAGAGGGCUACUAUCACCGUGCCGACAGGACCGCGCUUGAGGACCAUGCUCUUGGAACCCAUCUGCGUCAGCAAAUGGGCGGCUACUCUACGUGCCUACCCACCUCCGAACCAUGUGCCAUGGCAAGACAGUGAUCUCAAGGAAGAGGUAGACUUCGUUCCCGCGCCCUGGAUCGCCGAAGGGUCGAUCUUGCCACGUGAAGCUUUGAAGGCCAUGCUACGCAGCCGUCGUGGCCAGGUGUCCGUUUCACUGUCCAUCACUGUGAACGACGAGCUAGUGCCUUCUUCGCCCGACUUCGGUGUCGAGUGUUCCGUUACUAUGGGCAUCUCAAUGGCGGACUUGCAGAGCGACCCGGGCACAGACGGAGGCACGGUCGAGUCCUUCAAGUUACCAGUGCCCACAAUCAUGGUCUCCAAUUCAACCGCGAUUCUACCUCUUUCCUUGGAAUCGUCGCAGAGUCUUGCGUACGACGUCCCUCUAGCUGUUCGCAGGGGAAAGAAGGUGCCCCCUCCCCUAACGCUGAGCACGGUCAACAUCAGGAAACCCAAGCAAGAACUAGAUGCGUAUCCUGGCAUACCAUCGCCCUUCCUGGGCUCUCCUUCGUCUUCUAGUCCGACCUUUGAAUUCUCUGUCAACCCCACUGCGUUCUCUAUGGGUCUCGAGGCUAUGUGCGCCGACCUAAGAUCUCGCUGUCCGGACUUCAACUUGUCUCCACCCAUCAACCCGGAACAUUCGCAGGGCCGCUGGCGCACGGUGCUUUGCUCGCAGCCUUCCGUGACGACACCGACUACUGAAGAUGACGAGUGGGCGUUCGCUAAGGACCUCUUAGAUCAGUAUAUCUGCGAUGCUCGCCUACCUAGCGGCAAAAACUCUCCCCAAUCUGUGCUUCAUAUAAAUGACACAGAACUCUCUGCCGAGGUCGACUCAUUCUCCUGGGCUUCUUCGGCGACAUUCGUUAACUCAGUUGGCUCGCCGGCACCGGAGGCAACGCCUGAAACCUCGAAGCAGCAGAGGCGCAAGACUGUGAUCAUCGAGACGCCGGAUCACAGGCCACAGUUGCACCGAGCCGAAGACUCAGUGCAGGCCGACGAGUCGCUUCAGAGCGACGAACUCGAUGAGCACGAGCCUGUUCCCUUCGAGAGCCCCUCCGACGCUAUCUUCUCAUGUUCACAGUGCCGGCACUCCACACCGCCGCAGUCCCGCCCUGCAAGCAGCACAACACUGCGCCCUGUCCGCGGGAUCCUCAAGGAGAAAAAGACCGUCCGCUUCUCCGUCGUCCACAACCGCCACGAGCACUCGUCCGAUCAGCACAUCAACCCCGUCGCUACCGAGCCCGUCUCACCCAUCUCACCAAUCGCUUGGCGGUCUGUCCUGCGCCAGGGCUCUCCUCUUCGGCAGUCCUACUCUCCAGCUUCAGAUACUGCAGCGGUGUCGCUGCCCGCAAAGGGGGCUCGCGCCGGGCUCCCGAAGCACCCUGUGGUGCGCGCAAUUCCAAGAAGCGCAUCCAGGCGCGGGACGUGCCCCAGCCCACAGACGCCGACGCCGGCACUGCUUGCGGAUCAGCGGCGCGCACCGCUGCGCUCCAUCAACAUGCGGCAGAGUCUCCCCGCAAAGAGGAGCUCGCAGGCCGUGUCCGGAAUGGCCUACCAGGGCGCGCGCCCUGGUGUCGCAAAGCAGGACAUCGGAAAGCCCAAGAGGUUGUUGAAGACGGCGUCCACGCCCGUUCCUGCUGUUGCGAGGCAGGAUGAGAAUACCCCGCCUCGCCCGAGCCGCAUGCCUGUGCCAUUCCGCACCAUAUUGACGAGGUUCAGGCCGUAG